AUGGCAGAAUCUAACAAAUCGCGUAUACAUCAACUGUUACAAGAUGGUAUUAAGUCAACUAAAAGCUAUAUUUCUGAACAUGUUGAUGCACGUUCAAUCGUUGAACAAGCACAACGAAAUGUACGAGUAAUAGCUCGUAAAGCUGAACAACGAUUACAAGAAGCGACCAGUCGAAAAGAACAAAAUGAUAAAGCCAUGGGAAAUUUCAUUGACUUUGGUCGUCCAUCAUCAAGCAAAUUAGAGUUAGAUCAUGAUCCGGAUAUAAAUCAAAAUCGAAAUAGCUUUAGUUCACCACGCAUAAGUAGAUCAAAUCCAUCCGUUCUACUGCCGAUUUUUGUUCAACAAACGCUUCUUUUACCACCCGAUUCGCCAACAUCGACUAUAUUUGCAUCGAACGGUCCGACAUCGAAUGCAAAUAAUAUCCCAAUACGAACACCAUCAUCUUCCGGUGUUUCAAGUUCAUCAUCGACAACAACUUCUCCAAUAAUUUCCAAAUCAAUCAAUGAUAGAAAUUAUUUUCAAUACGUAGCUAUAUUUGAUUAUGAUGCACGAACAAAAGACGAUUUAACCAUAAGAAAAAGUGAUCUACUCGAUAUAACAACGAAGAAAAGUUCUGCUUGGUGGAAAGCAAGAAAUGAAAAUGGACAAGAAGGUUGGAUUCCAUCUAAUUAUGUUGCUAAACGAGAUAGUUUAGAAUCUGAAUCAUGGUAUUUUAAAUCUAUACGACGAAUUGACGCUGAAAAACAGCUCAUGUCGGAUACUAAUGAACAUGGAAGUUUUCUUAUUAGAGAUAGUGAAACAAGACGUACUGAUUUUUCUUUAUCAAUUCGAGAUAAUGAUUCGAUAAAACAUUAUCGCAUCAGACAAACGGAUGAUAAUCGAUGCUAUAUAGCACGUCGCAUAACAUUUCGUUCUCUACCAGAGCUUGUCUCUCAUUAUUCCAAGACGUCAGAUGGUCUAUGUGUAAAUCUAAGAAAGCCUUGUGUACAUAUUGUCAAACCUGAGCCUGAUGGUUUAUCACAUAACCUUGUUGAUAAAUGGGAAAUCGACCGUCGUGAUUUAAGAUUAAUUCGAAGUCUUGGCAGUGGGCAAUUUGGUGACGUCUGGGAAGGUUUAUGGAAUAGUCGUAUGCCUGUUGCAAUCAAAACACUUAAACCAGGUUCGAUGAAUCCAACAGAUUUCUUAGCUGAAGCUUCAAUAAUGAAAAAACUUAAACAUUCAAAUUUAAUUCAAUUAUAUGCUGUAUGUACUAUUGAAGAACCGAUUUAUAUUGUUACAGAAUUAAUGCAAAAUGGCAGUCUGCUUGAUUAUUUACAAAGCCCUCGAGGUCGACAAUUGAAAAUAUUAGUAUUGAUUUAUAUAGCGACACAAAUCGCACGUGGAAUGGCGUAUUUAGAACAACAGAAUUAUAUUCAUCGAGACCUUGCUGCUCGAAAUGUUCUGGUGGGCGAAAAUAAUACGGUUAAAAUAGCUGAUUUUGGCCUAGCAAGAAUUAUCAAGGAAUAUGCUGGUGGUAUGUACGAAGCAAAAGAAGGCACGAAAUUCCCCAUCAAAUGGACUGCACCUGAAGCUGCACUUUACAAUCGUUUUACUAUUAAAAGCGAUGUUUGGUCCUAUGGUAUAUUAUUAACAGAAUUAGUUACAUAUGGUCGUACACCCUAUCCUGGCAUGACCAAUGCGGAAGUAUUACGAAAAGUCGAUCAAGGUUAUCGUUUACCUCAACCGCCGAAUAGUCCAUCCUCACUCUAUACAAUAAUGCGUGAAUGUUGGGAACCACAACCUGACGAUCGUCCAUCAUUUAGUACAUUACAAUAUCGUCUCGAAAAUGAAUAUACAGGCGAAAAUCCUGAAUUCAGCAAUUAG